AUGCUCCUGGUGCUUGUUGAGAUGACAAACAUUGGAGUCAACAAAGCCGUGGAUUGCACUUGCCACGUCGACGCCAUGAUAUUUGCCUUUGAAUGCUUUCAUGAUGGGUGGGGCGUGGUUAGGCUGGUGGGUGUCCCACACAAGGAGGUGGCAUUCAAUACCCACCUGAUGAACUUCCACAGUGGCAAGACCUUGAAAGGUGCCUUCUUUGGGAACUACAAGCCACACACCAACCUCGCAGAUGUUGUCAAGAUUUACGCGAGGAAGGAGCUGGAGCUGGAGAAGUUUAUCAUGCACGACGGACCUUUCUAA